CUCGUCACAGACAGCUCGCAGAGCACGGGGGAGACUUGCGGACACGAGGAUCUGGGAACGGCUGCAGUCCUCCUCAGAAACACACUGUGUCUCUGUGCGUCCAGAGAUGCGCGCUCUCCUGAACAUGCGGCUCGGCCUCGCGGCUCUCUGCGCGCUCUGCUGUAUCACAAUGCUGGCGGACGGAUACCCGUCGAAGCCGGUGAGCCCCGGAGAAAACGCGGGACCGGAAGACCUUGAAAAGUAUUACUCCGCGCUCAGGCACUACAUCAACCUCAUCACGCGACAAAGAUAUGGAAAAAGGUCGAGAGCAGACUCCCUGUUCAGUGACCUGGCAUUGAGGGACAGUGCAGAGAACAUUCCUCAGUGGAGGUACAAUGAACCUCUGGCAUGGUGAGAUCAGCAAAGCCUAUUCUAUGUUACACCUCUCAACACAGAAGACCCAAUGAUAGGUCAAGUUCAGUUGCCCUCUGGUUUAGCAGCUAUUAUUGUUCAUAAUGCUCCGGCAUUUACAGAAGUGUAUUUCUAUGCCAUUCUUUGUUUGCAUUUAUUGAAAUUACCUUGUCUCUGGCAAUUAUAUGUGAACAAAAUGUUUUUUGUACAGUGAAUUUGUGCUAUUAAAAUUCAUUAUUUAAGG